AUGGAGCUGAGAAGAGACUUGACCCGGACCUCAGCGCUCUAUUACUGCUGCUGGAUCUGCAUCCACUCCGCGCUGGCGGAGGACUGGACUCGAGUUCACACGGAGGACGAGCUCUUCAGGAGAUUGUUUCGGGGCUACAGCAAGUGGACGCGUCCAGCGCAAAACAUCACCGACGUGGUUAUCGUGAAGUUUGGCCUCUCCAUCGCACAGCUGAUAGACGUGGAUGAGAAAAACCAGAUGAUGACGACCAACGUGUGGCUGAAACAGGAAUGGACGGACUAUAAGCUGCAGUGGAGUCCCUCCGACUUCGACAACGUGACGUCCAUCAGGGUCCCUUCUGAGCUCAUCUGGGUGCCGGACAUUGUGCUGUACAACAAUGCAGACGGAGAGUUCGCCGUCACCCACAUGACCAAGGCCCAUCUCUUUCACACCGGCCGUGUCCGCUGGGUGCCCCCGGCCAUCUACAAGUCCUCCUGCUCCAUUGACGUCACCUUCUUCCCUUUCGACCAGCAGAGCUGCAAGAUGAAGUUCGGCUCCUGGACGUACGACCGCGCCAAGAUCGACCUGGAGCCCUUUGAGAACACGGUGAACCUGAAGGAUUACUGGGAGAGUGGAGAGUGGGCGAUUGUCAACGCCGUGGGCACCUACAACACCAAGAAGUACGACUGCUGCCACGAGAUCUACCCGGACAUCACCUACUAUUUUGUCAUCCGCCGCCUCCCGUUGUUCUACACCAUCAACCUCAUUAUCCCCUGCCUCCUCAUCUCCUGCCUGACCGUCCUGGUCUUCUACCUCCCGUCGGACUGCGGCGAGAAGAUCACGCUGUGCAUCUCCGUGCUUCUGUCGCUCACCGUCUUCCUGCUGCUCAUCACGGAGAUCAUCCCGUCCACGUCGCUGGUCAUACCGCUGAUCGGGGAGUAUCUGCUCUUCACUAUGAUCUUUGUCACGCUGUCCAUCGUCAUCACCGUGUUCGUGCUGAACGUGCACCAUCGCUCGUCGGCGACUCACACCAUGCCUGGAUGGGUCCGGCGGCUGUUCCUGUCGGCGGUGCCGCGCUGGCUGUGCAUGAAGCGUCCGAAACAUGGUGUCAGGCCUGUAAGGCGGUGCCACCUGACUGAUGGACUCCUCCCCAUCCAGACUCCGGGCCCCUCCCACAGCUCGCCCGCCUGGAUCACUCAGGAGUCUGAUAUCCAUCUCCAUGGUUACCGGGAGGACGAGAACAGUUGCCGCAGGAGCCGCCAGCUCAACUCCUCGGAUGCAGGUGACGAAAUCCACUACUGCAAUCUCCACGGUUACGCAAACGCUCAUCGCUCGGGGAGGUUUAGGGGGAAGGUAGCCGGGCCACCAAGGAUUUCUCCCCUCUCUUCUUCUUUCCCCCCGUCUCUGGGUUACAUACUCCUCCCACAGAGACACUCCUCACUCGGCUCGGACUGGGACACCCCUCCUGAGGAGCGUGGUUCGUUCCAGAGCCCACCUGCCUCUGUGCCGUCUCCGGCGGUGCUCUCGGCCCUGGAGGGGGUGACCUACAUCGCAGAGCAUCUCAGAGCCGAGGAUGUAGACUUCUCAGUGAAGGAGGACUGGAAGUACGUUGGCAUGGUUGUAGACCGGAUCUUUCUGUGGAUGUUCAUCAUCGUGUGUCUGCUGGGGACCGUCGGACUCUUCCUGCCUCCGUGGCUCUCUGGGAUGUUUUAGAAUCAAACUGGAAAUCAAAAAAGAAAGAAAAAAUGAAUACAAUAAUUAAUUUAAAAAAAAGUG